CAUCAUUUUGUACGACAAAAUUCAUGAUUAGUCAUUACUCUCAUUCUCUCUCUUGGGAUUGCUUUAUAUAUAAGUACCACUACACCUUUCUUUUCUAUUACCUCACUUCACUUUGCAUCAUCACACUUCUCUCUAUACUUCACUUUCCUCUUCUUCAUUUCCUUUUUCAUAUACACACAAAAACCAUUUCACUUAACUUGUUUUUCUCUAGUUUCAAACUAAGUUGAUUAAGUUGUGGUUUAUUAAUUCAAGUUUAUGGGGAUGGAUCCUUCUAAUGGACAAAACCAGCAAAUGUCUAACCAGUCAUUGGAGAACAUGAUAACUUGUUCUAAAACACAAGAAGACAAAAAGCCAAAACCUCAACCAGAAGCACUAAAAUGUCCAAGAUGUGACUCAAGCAACACCAAAUUUUGUUACUACAACAAUUACAGUCUUUCUCAACCAAGAUAUUUCUGCAAAUCAUGUAGAAGAUAUUGGACAAAAGGAGGUACACUUAGAAAUGUUCCUGUUGGUGGGGGGUGUAGAAAGAACAAAAGAUCAUCAUCAACAUCAAAAAGAACUCAAGAUCAAACAUUUCCAACAAAUCCAAAUAAUCCACUCACUUGUUUCCCUUCAUUAUCUUAUGAUUCCAAUGAUCUCACACUUGCAUUAGCUAGGCUUCAAAAGGGUCAUCUUGGAUUUGAACAUGAACAUGAUUUUUCUUCAAUUUUAGGAAACCACACAAACAUUAACACAAACACCUCAUGUGCAAUUCUUAACAACCAUGGUAUGAACAAUUCUUCAAACAACCAUGGAUUCUUUGAAGCACUAAUGGGAUCUCAGAACAAUGUUCAGAAUCUUUACUACAACACUGGGGAAGUAGAUAAUGGCAAUGCUAAUGGUGAAAUGAUGUUACCCUAUGAUCAUGAAAUGAGCAUUGCAACUACUCAAGCUGUGACAGUUACUACAAUGAAACAAGAAAUGUGUAAUGUUAGGGAACAAAAUGAAAAUAGGGUUUUGUUGGGUUUUCCAUGGCAGUUCAAUAAUUCUGACACAAACAUGGCUGAAAUUGACCAUUCAGGAAGAGGUGGUUGGAAUGGUCUCAAUUCAUCUUGGCAUGGCCUUCUCAAUAGCCCCCUAAUGUAGACCAUGGUUCUGAAUUGCGGUCCGCAAUUACAAUAUAAAAAUUUUAGAGGUCUCUGCAACUGCAUUAUAAUCGCAAUUGUAGCUGCAUCAAUUACAUUUGUCGAAUUUUGCUGCAAUACCAAAAUUCGCAAUGUAGUUGCAAGUGCAACCACCACCACUAUCGUAAUUUAGAAUCAUGACUUAGACACCAUACCUUGUUUGAUAGGGAUUUUAUUGUAUUGUGUUGUGUCACCUCUAUUUUAUUUUUAGUUUGUUUUUCUUUUCUUUUUUUUUAGGUUCAUUUGUACCUUAAAUUGUCAAAAUUUUGUACUAGCUAAUGUCUUUUAAUUGGUGAAUUUAAUGGACUAAUGGAAUUUGAGAUG